AGAGAGAGCGGUAUAGCGGCGGCGCGUGGUGGGCGACUACCGAGUCGUAGGCGGGCAGACGUCGCGAUGCGCGGGGAAGGUGAGGGAAGGCGGCGCGGCGGCGGUCCUGGCCGCCCAGACGGCAUGCGCGGGGAAGGCGAGGAAAGGCGGCGCGGCAGCGGUCGCCGCCGCGCGGGCCGCUCGCGUGGCGAGCAGACAAUCAUCAGGGGCCAACCGGGCACGACGAUUGCAUUAGAUCUUGAGCAUGCUGAUCCAAACAAAGCAGACGAUUCUGGAAUUACUCCACUCCACAUUGCGGCAACGCAAGGCUACUAUGAAAUUGCAGAGUACUUGUUGUCAAAAGGAGCUAAUGUUGACCCCUUAUGCCAAGAUGGUGAAUCACCGCUAUUAUGUGCUGCUCUCCAGGGAAAUGAAAGAAUAGUGACACUCCUUUUGAAGCAUAACGCAGAUUAUAACAGACUGUCAAAGAAAAUGUUAACACCGCUGCUCGCGUCCCUCCAUGGUUCUUCAUUGAAUUGCUUGGAGAUACUAAUUGAGGCUGGUGCUGAUGUGAAUGGGGCUGGCUGUUCUGUACCACCAAUAGCUCUAGCUGCUUAUAAAGGCUUACAUGGCUGCAUCAAGUGUUUGUUGAGAAACGGUGCUAAUCCCAAUGUUCCUGAUGAAGAUAAUAACAUCCCAAUACAAAUUGCUGCGGUCAAAGGAUGGGAGAGAUGCGUGGAGAUUCUUCUCCCUCACGCGCCCCAUUUGGCACAGUAUGAAGGCCUGACCACUUCUGAAAUAGUCCAGUGGGAAAAAACUGAUCGCUUUGUCAGAAGCAGUAGGGCUAUUGAACAGGGGGAUGCUGCAUACCGGAGGAAAGAAUAUGAUAUUGCAUUGAGAUUCUACACAGAAGCAGCUCAGGUUGGUCACCAGGAUCCAACAUUGUAUGCAAAGAGGAGUCUUUGUCAUCUAUAUCUGCGUGUUCCAGCAAAAUAUACUGAGGAAGCAAUUAACUACAUGAAUAUGGUGCAGCCAAAUUUAUCGACACUUGACCCUGAAUCUGAUGCUAAGAGAAUGGUGCUGGAUUUUGGUAGAACCUGGAAAGAAUCGGGGUUUGCUUCGACGCCGGGUUCUGGAAGUAGCCCGACUGACAAAACUGAUAAAACAUCAAGUGGGGAGCAUCAGUGAAGUGGUAGCAUGCUAGGCGUCCAUGGAAUCUGAUAAGUGCUACAGUGCUACGGUUAGGAGACUAGCACAUAUGUUAGGAGGAGAUUAGCACAUAUGUUAGGAGUAGAAACAGGUGUAGCACAUCCUCUGUUUUUGGAGGCGAAACAUAUUGAAUUUAGUUCUCUUCAUUUCACACUUUUUGGCUUUGUUUUUUUAGAUCGGCUUUGCAUUCAAGUAGAAACAGGUGUAGCUCGAUCGGCUGCUAGAGGAUUCUGUGACCCUAGCGCUUGCAAAUAUGUGUGGGUAUGUCUGAGAUUUUCUGGCAUAUGCCGGUUAUGGUUUGGUAACAUAA